CACGCUUGUUGCCUUUUAAAUGUUUUUGAAUUGCACACAAACACCUUUUAAAGUUGGUUAUACUCGGGAUAUUUCCCCCCUUCCGAUUCCGAGCGCGUCUCUGGAUCUUUGUAUUGUACACGGGAAAGGUCUUGAAGGCGAAACGCAAGAGUCGCCGAAUCGAGCCAAAUUCACGGGAGAGACGCGCGGGUGCUCCGCGGCGGCGUGCUCCCAUCUCCUCGCCCGACGCGGGCGGCCUGGUCAGACAGACCUGGGACGGCAGAGGCGGACUCAUUUUUCAAUUCGAUCUGGGGGUCGGUGCAGCCGCCAGCGUGAGAUUAAGUAGAUUGGGGACGCGAAGGAGAAGAUCCAAGUAAGUCCAGGCCGUGAUUUGACCGAGGAGUCCUUGCGGGAUGGGGAGGAAAUUGCCCCCUUUUGCUCCGGCCGCGCCGGCGGCGGCAAGGAAGCGAAAAGGUUCCGCCUUGGCCCCGCUCGCCGCGUGCAAGCACAGUGCGCCGGCGCGGCAAAUCGGUGGCUGGGCGUCCCUGCCCACCGACAUAGUGGGCCUCAUCACCUGCCGGCUCCUGGCCGGCGGCGGCGAUGUGGUCGAUUACAUCUGCUUCCGCGCCGUCUGCUUCAGCUGGCGCGCCUGCACGCCCGCUCCCCGCGACCCCAAUCUGCGGGAUCCGCGCCUCCGCCCGCGCGGCUGGGUCGCGCUCUGUGACGGGGACGCCGUCCGCCCGGACGACGCCUGCGAGAUCGUCUUGUUCCACACGCGCACCGCCAGGCGCCUCCGCGUCCCCUUGCCGGAGCUCCGGCGGCACAUAAUCAUCGGCUUCACCGACGGUCUCGUCAUCCUCAUGCACAAGACCACCACCGCGGUCCGCGUGCUGCAUCCGUUCACGCGCGACGUGGUCGACUUUCAGCCCCUCGCUACUCUGUACCACCAGGUGGUCAGGCAGAAGGCGUCCCUGCUUGACAUGAACGCCGCGGUGUGCAGCAGCGCGUCCUCCGCAGACUCCAUUACCGUGGUGGUCUGGUUCCCCUACACGGACGUGGUGCUUGCUGCCGACCCGGGCUCAGAUUGGGAGGUCCUCCACAGAGGAUUCUAUGUUUGCUGCGCCUUGCCCUUCCAAGGAAGGCUCUAUGCCACCCUGUCUUGUUCGAGUGAGAUUGUGCAGCUAUACCCUUCGAGACGAAACGGUCCGCAAGAGAACUCUGUGGUGAUUGCUCACGCUCCACAUUCUGCUGACCGCAAAGUCUGUAAUUUUUACCUCGUGGAGUCUGGAGGAAGGAUGCUGCUCGCUGUCCGGCAGCCAGCUCCCUAUGCAAAUGGGUCAGAAUGGAAUGCAUUGGACUGGUCACGGCGAAUAGUCUGCAGGCUCUAUGCAGUGGAUCUGAACAGCCAACGAUAUAAGCUUAUCCCGGUUAAGAGCAUAGGUGACCGCGCGCUGUUUCUCAGCGGCGACCGAUGCCUGUCUGUUUCAGCCAGCGAUCUCCCUUCGUUGAGCAGCAACUCCAUUUACUCCACUCUACCACAGUACCCCAUUCUGGUGUAUUCGCUGGGGACUGGUUUGUCUGAGCGAUUGGCAGAUUCCUGCCAGAUACACGACAAGAAGGAUAGGAUCCGCCCCUCUGUGCGUCCCUUCACCAUUGUUGAUCAUCUUAUCACGUACUGCAAUCCUCGCGUGUGGAGUAAAGGGCUCAUGUUCCACGAGUACCACUAUAUACCUCAAUCUUUCGAGGAAUUGAUCAAGAAAAUAAGGGCACAAGAGAGGGAACUGCGGAUUCCAUGCAUCGCUGUGCAUUCGCGCUGAAGGAACAAACGCCAUGUUUCACAUUACUCACUGAAUUACAAAGGUUCGGGAAACAUAUGGAGAAGAAGAGUGGGAACAUGAAGAUAUUUAUUUACGAGGGAUGUUUGCGACAUGCUGAACUUGUUAAACUUAUCAAUUUGUCCAAAUUUAAGAUUAUAUCGGAAUGGAGAAUCCAACCUCAGUUUGUCACAUCAUGCUAUUUUCGAGGUGUAUUUUCUCAUGAAGGAUGUUUAUGUUGGUAUAUGUUUCAGUUGUCCGCUAAAUGAGAACAGCACUGAAACUUUGUGUCUACUUUUUAAACUUUGAGAAAGUUUGCCCUUGUGACCUUCU